AUGGCCCAUGGGUUUGCCAAGACUGCUCUUACCGGAUUCGGAAGGAGCGCCUGCGGGAAAGUCCCGGCUUGCGUCAUGACGGGCGCCAAGAGGGGGCUCCACAGCGCCUUUUUGGGACCAACAGGGACCAAUUGCGGUCAUAGGUUGCGUGAAAGAGGUGUAAGAGACCUUUACGCAGUCCGCGAGGGCAACGAAUCAAGGCCACAAGCUCUCCGAGAGCCUACUCAGCUAGUGGUAGUAAUCCGCACCGAGAGUCUGUACUCUUCCCACUUCGGACUGAAGACGGGUCAAUCCUUACACGCGGGAAGAAGCUCUGCAGCUGGCACUCAAAAGAGACAUUGA